CCCGCCAUGGCGGGCCCGUAUCUGUCGCCCCUCGGGCCCCAGGCAGAUCUGCUCACGGAGUACAUGUUCGGCCGUCGUCGUCAGAGACGCAAUCGGACCACGUUCACGCCGCAACAGCUUCAGGAAUUGGAAUCCCUUUUCCAGAAAACGCAUUAUCCCGAUGUUUUCCUCAGAGAGGAAGUCGCACUUCGGAUAUCACUCUCGGAAGCACGUGUUCAGGUAUGGUUUCAAAACAGACGGGCAAAGUGGAGAAAGCAAGCUCGGUUACAAUUGCUGCAGGACGCGUGGAGAAUGCGAUGCUUAGGUUUAGGGAGCGCCACGCCGCUGCUGCUCGGCCGACCACCCCCCGGCGGCCUCGAGAGGACCACCGCUGCCGUCACCGAUGCGUCCUCGACUUCGCCGUCGUCGGCUCUCACGGGCUCGCCGAACGCGACCGACAAGCUACCCGAGAUUGGUGGUACCGUGUCGGUCUGCAGAGAUUUUAGAAUCCUGCCUCCACCGCCACCCGGAUACUCGGUACCUUGCGACAAAUCGCCUGAUAGGAUCAAGUGCCGAUGCGGAACGCCGCCCAGGAUCUGCGCGAGCCCCGUGGACCGUGGCGACGGCCUGGCGACGAGGGAGCGGCCGCAGGAAGCCGAGAUGGAUCUCACCCUGAAGGGUCACCAUCCAGCGUCCGCCAGACAUUCGUUAUUCCAUCACUUGCCGAGCAACCACCAGCAGCAGGACAUCGCGCAGAGCAUGGACGAGCCUCUGGACGUCACGCUCAACAGCGGCAAGAACAACUGAGGGCCGGAUGAGCGAGGACGGUCCGCGAUCGGUCAAUCUUACUCGCGAAGACAUUUCACCCUUCAAAAUCUCUUGACUUUUAAGUGCACGGUGUAAUCACGUUUGACAGCGAAUAACACGCGAGGUAAUGCAUAUCGUCGAACUCUCUCUGCAUCAGUUCCGAAAAUAAAAUAAACGAGAAGAAAAGUGAAUAUAAGAUGGGGAGAGGGGGGAAAAGAGCACGCGUUGAACACAUGUAUCAUUGUCUUUUUAAACUUUUGAAUGUUCUUAAAAUUUGUUUUGCCCUUUUACCCACAUUUAAAAUGUGGGUGAAAUUUUUUUACUAAAUUAUUAAAUUCUGUUUUACUAAAUUACUAUAUCAUAAG